AUGGUUCGUAAGAAGAAUAAAAGACAAUCGCAACCUACUUUAUCAGCAACCUCUGCAUCAGCCAAUGAGACUCAGUCCAAAAGCGUUACAGUAACGGAUACGGAAUUACGAGAACUUAUACGUCAAA